AUGGACCAUUCAAAUCCCCCACCCUCCUCGCCCUUUAUUCCCAUGUUCGAAGCUUUCCGCGCGGAGCUUGACGAGCACCAGGAUAGACGUGAGCGCGUCAUCAAAGCAUCGCGGGACAUUACAGCAGCUAGCAAGAAGAUCAUUUUCUCGUUACAGCGCGUCCGGAAGCUGAAUGCGCCCAUCCCCGAAUCUAUCACAAGAUCUACCGCCCCCCACUGGCAAGUUAUUCGCGAGCGCUUCUCCACCAUCUCCGCCGACCUCCAAUCCAUCAACGGAUGGCGCUACGCCCGCAACAUCACAGGCGGAAUCCAAGAGUUCAUGGAGAGCCUUUCCUUCCAGUACUACCUCGAGAAGCAGCAGCUCAUCACAUUCGACAAUGCGCAGGGGAUGCUAAAGGAGUUGGGAGGAGAAGGGAGACCGGUGGAGCUGACUGCGGACGACUAUGUGCUUGGUGUAUUUGAUAUGGUAGGCGAGCUGAUGCGGUUUGCUAUCACGGCUAUGGCUACAAGCGGAGGGCUACCGGGUGGGGAAUCACGAGCAACGGCGGCGCCGCGCAAUGUGCUGUCAGAUCUGAGAGAGCUGAGGACGUGUCUCGAGAUGCUGGAUAUCCCGCCAGGACCACCAUUCCCGAGGGACGUGGACAAGAAGAUGGAGGUUAUGAAGACGUGUGUCGAAAAGGUGGAAAACGGACUCUAUGGACUGGUGGUGAGGGGAAGAGAGCGGCCGAAGGGCUGGAUGCCAGAUUUGGAGGGCAGAAAGGAAGAGAUUGAGAGCUUCUAG